AUGGAUGCAAGGUAUAAGAGAACAAGCCUUUUUCGAAGGAUUGAGAAAGUUACCAUCCACCCCAAGGUAGCCAGUCAUUUCGACAUGAGCAGCAAAACCAACAAUGUCGUGCCCCCUGGCAAGGUGGCCUUUGUGACGGGUGCAAACGGCAUCAGUGGCCAUGCCUUUAUCGAGCACCUCAUCAGGACGCCCGAGUCAAAGUGGUCCAAGAUUAUCGUCACCUCACGGAGACCACUCCUAUCAUCCUGGUUGGACCCUCGUGUGGAAUUUGUGGCCCUCGACUUUUUGGAGCCGGCUGAGAAUAUCGUGAUCGUUAUCAAGACAGUUUGCAAAGAUGUGACGCACACCUAUUUCACCUCUUACGUCCAUUCCAUGGACUUCUCUACUCUGGCUGAGAAGAAUUGUCCUCUUUUCCGGAACUUCCUGGAUGCUGUUGACUCGGCCUGCCCUAAGCUUGAACGCAUCCGCCUGCAAACUGGUGGCAAACACUACAACGUCAUUCGUCCCAUGGGCAUCAUUGGUUACACCCCUCAAUUCAACGGCAUGAAUGAGGUAAUUCCUCUUGCUCAGUACUUCCUCAUCUGCCGAGAGCUUGGCGAAACCCCAAAGUGGCCAGGAAACCUGCGUAACUAUCAUCGUGUCGAAGACCAGUCAUAUGCUCCCAGCAUUGCUGAUCUCACGGUGUGGGCGACAACUCAAGAGCACUGCAAGGAUGAGGCGUUCAAUCACACCAACGGAGAUGUCAUUUUUUACUCGAGUAUGCCUGACAGGGAACAGCGGGAGCUUGAUCUGGUUGAAUGGUCGCGUGACAAGGAAGAGGUGUGGAAAAGCAUCGUCGCCAAAUAUGGUGGCAGAGCCGACUGCUUCCAAACCGAGGGCUUUGCCAUGCUGAACUGGGGAUUCAACUCAUCCAUCACCUCCACUACCCCUUUCAUGAGCACUGUUGCGAAAGCCAGAAAAUUUGGCUGGACCCGCAUCGAAGAUUCUUAUGAGGCUUAUGACCGCUCGUUCAAAUCCUACGAGAAUGCCGGCAUUCUCCCUUGCUCUCGCCAAUUUCAAUAA